GCAACCUCUGUGCGUCUCCCUGAGAAAGUCAGCUUUUCAUCCUGCUUGAAGUCAUCUUUUACAUCCUUAGGGGCCUUCUUGCAGCAAACCGACUCCCAUCUCAUAAGCUGUCUUCCUCCCCCAGGCGUGCUGAGAGUCGACGGGGCCCAGGAAGGAGGUGUCGGCGGCGGGGACACCAUCAGCCACUCCCUGGCCCUGGUGCAGCGUCUGGAGGCCCUGCUGGCUCAGGGGAACGGCAGCGACGUGUCCCUCAGGGUGGAGACUCCCAGCGCGGAUGAGGUGAAGCUGAUCCAGGCCCACUCGCUGGUGCUCUCGCUGCAGAGCCCCGUGUUCGAGGAGAUGCUGCUGGGCCGCAACAGCAGCAGCAUGCUGGUCCUGAAGGAGAGCUCUGACUGCGCUGCUGCGUUUGACAAGUUCAUCAGGUAUCUGUACUGUGGAGAGAUUUCUCUGCGUUUGGACCAGGCCACACCUUUACACAAGCUGGCCACAAAGUAUCAAGUGACGGGUCUGCAGCAGGGCAUCACCCAGUACAUGACCCAGAACCUGGCACGGGACUCCUCCUCAGGCCACGUGGCGGGCUGGUAUGAAUACGCCCUGCAGGCCGAGGACCUGACCCUGAGGGACAGCUGUCUUCAGUAUAUGGCCUGGAACCUGUCCUCGGUGCUGCAGAGCGGAGAGUGGGUGACCAUCAGCAGCCAGCUGCUCAUGUCCCUGCUGCAGCGCUCAGACCUCAUCCUGCAGAGUGAGAUGGAGCUCUUUGCAGCACUGGAGGCCUGGAUUAUUCAGAACGAGCCGGACGGCCUGACAGCGGAGAACGCUUUGAGAGCUGUGCGUUACGCCAUGAUGCCACCACGGGAGCUCUUCCGCCUGCAGACCCAGUCAUCAGUCCUGGCUCGCUAUCAGGAGUCGGUGCGCGACCUGCUCUACAUGUCCUACCAGUUUCACUCCGCAUCGCCGCUGCACAUGGCCAAAUACUUUGACGUGAACUGCAGCCUCUUCAUGCCCAGGAACUACCUGUCGCCAAUGUGGGGGUCACCUUGGAUCAUCAGCAACCCCACGCGAGACGACCGCAGCAUCAGCUUCCAGAUCCAGCUGGGGCCUAGCGGCCACGACGCCACUAAGCGAGUGACCUGGAACGCUCUGUUCUCGCCACGCUGGUUACCCCUCAGCAUGAGGCCGAUGUACACGGAGACGGGCGCCAUGCAGCCGACACGUGUGGAGGGAGGGCGUCCUCGCAUCAUCAUCACGCCGGCCACAUCCAGCGCGGAUUUUGCGGGGGUGAACUUCCAGAAGACGGUGCUGGUGAUGGCUCAGCAGCAGGGGAAAGUCGUGGUGAAACACGUUUACAACUUCCACCAGAGCACAGAGGAAAAUGGCGAUUUCUUGGCCGAAGCCGACCUGCACCGCCGGACGUCUGAAUACCUCAUCGACAGCUCCCUCUUUCUCCAUAUUGUGGUGAAGCCGUUGUACCAAACCCUCAUCACUACCAAGAACUGACCCCCACCAGACCUCACCAUGCUCAAUGCGACCCUCUGAAGCGACAUCUCACUCAUACCACAUCAUGGGGGCGUGGAUCUGAAUCCUCCUCGUGUGUGAUGUUUGGACCGUUCGUCUUGUCUCAA